AUGAAGACUGACCUGAACUUAUUAUUGGAGUGUCUGAAGUAUCAAAUGGACAAUGCUUUUUCGCAAAAGGAAGCUCUGGUCACUAUUCAUUCAAUUUGCCAACAAAACAGUAAUGCAGGUCUUUAUUUUCGGGAAAUUGGUGGUUUGAUGUUUGUAAAAGAUCUUGCAAAGUCAAGUGAACAUAGUAUGGUAAAAGAAGCAGCAUUAUAUACAUUAGGAGCUGUUGCAGAACAAAAUGUUUACUGUCAGCAGACUUUGUGCACUUCAGAAUUGUUUGAAGACUUAACUUGGUUCUUAUCUAACAAUGAUUCAAACACAAAUUUGAAAAGAAUGUCUGUCUAUGUUAUUUUGGUUCUAGUUUCAAAUAAUAGGACUGGACAGACGCUUGUGAGAGAAACAGGUUGUAUUUCAGUUCUAUCACAGUUGUUCAAGACAGUCCUUUCAAAAUAUGAGUUGAAUUUGUCAGAUGAAAAUGUUUUCCAGAGUUAUCAGUUGUGGUCUUCAGUGUGUAGUACUCUGUGUGUCUGUGUCAACAAUCCUCAAAAUGAUGAAAAUCAAAUGCUUUGCUCUUCACUUUUUCCACAUGCUAAUGACUGGCUAAUAAAUUGCACGAAACCUGAGAUAAUUCGCCCUAUUUGCUCAUUUAUUGGACUCACUCUUGCAAAUAACACAUACGUGCAGAAAUACUUUAUAUCUGUGGGUGGACUGGAUAUAUUGUCUCAAGUUCUUGUGCAGUUGGAAUCUGAUUCACACAAGACUCUUUCCAGUGCUAAGCUUGCAGUGGUGGUGACAAAGACAGUGGAUGCAUGUAUUGCUGAUAAUCCUACUUUUGGGGUAGUACUAUCCAAGUACCACAUUGUUUCAAAACUUCUAGCAUUACUGCUUCAUGAAAGUCUGGAUUCAGGAGAAAAAUUUAGUAUCAUACUUACUGUUGGUCAUUGUACAGAGGAUUGUAAGGAAAAUCAGUAUGACCUUUUUAAAAGCAAUGGGCUUCCACUCAUGAUACAAGUCUUAACUGAAUCUCAGGACGAGGAACUAAACAAAGCUGCCACUUUUGUGCUUCACAACUGCAAAAAAAUUACUGAGAAGUUAUCUCUAAGUCUAGGAGAAUAUUCUUUUGAUGAAAAUGAAGAACAAUUAAAGGACAUAAAUAUGAAAGAGAAGAAUCUUGAAGAUUACUGGAAGAAAGCGAAGGAAAUUCUACACAGAAUAGAACAGCUUGAAAGAGAAGGAAAUGAGGAAAGAGUACAAAGAGAAAAAUAUAAGGAUUAUGUUUCAUCUAUGAACAUAAAUAUUCAAAAUACAUUGAAACACCUCCAUGCAGAUAGCAGUGGUGGAGGUUCCAAAGCAGAAGAUAGGGAUAAAAGCCAGUCUAGAAAGCUUCAGAGUUAUAAGUCCCAUGAAGUCAUGUCCAAAGCAUGUACAAAUGAUGAUCAAAUGAAGACCCUGUUAAAGAGUGCAAAUCCAGUUAAUGCUUGUUAUAGGGAGAGUGAGCAAAAUAAGACUUUAUGUAAAGCCAAUUCAAGCUGCAAUCAAAACUUACGUGAAGAAACAACCUUUGAAAAAAAGAAUUUUGUUUCUCAAUCAAGCGACCAUAUUUUUAAACAUCCAACUCCUAUUGGCAAAAACACAAAGCAACAGUUACCAGUAACAGAUCCAUUGACAUUAUGUUCAGAUAUAAUAAAUAAAGAAGUCAUUGGUUUUCUAGCAACAGAAAAUUGUUCCAAAAUAUUGAAGUAUAGAUGCUCAGGUUGCAUAGCAGUAGGAAAAUCCCUGAAUAGCCGAACCUUUAGCAAGCUCUUACACUCUUGCCCAUACCAAUGUGAUCGUCACAAAGUCAUUGUGGAAGCUGAAGACAGAUAUAAAAAUGGACUAAGGAAAUCACUUAUCUGUAACAAAAAAAUUCUGCUGACCCCACGUAGAAGAGGAAAACUCAAUAAUGAAUCUACUACCCCUGGAGGAAUAAAAAAAAGAAGAAUUCGUAAAAACUUUACUGAAGAAGAAGUAAAUUACCUUUUCAGUGGAGUUAAGAAAAUGGGAAAUCACUGGAAUUUAAUUUUGUGGUCUUUCCCCUUUCAGCAAGGACGGAAGGCUGUGGACCUUGCUCACAAAUACCACAAGCUGACCAAACGCCCCAAGUGUGUGGCUCCUUGAUUGGAAGACUUGUCAGUUUUUAGUUUGAUAUCUUAAAAAACAGUGUGUUGAAAAUACAAAAUUUAAAAUAUUCUUAUAAACUCUUAUGAGGCAGGAAAUGUGGCAAUGGGGAUACUGUUUUAAUUACUUUUUGU